GCAGGACGAGACGAGGGCGCGGCGAUCUUCAAACAGUUAUUUGCCAGGGCUUUUUAGAGAACUAGCAGAGGACUGAAGCGUGCUAAGGUUACUAACACAGCAAAGGUACGGGGUUUAGUCAACAAACCACCGGAAGCAAAUCCCUCUACCUCUGCAUCCAGGGCUUCUCCAGUGUUUGUGAUAUCGAGGUGAUGUCAGCAGCCUGUCUCGGGCGCCUGGCAAGGUCCAGUGGUCCCCUUGUGGGAUGUAGUGGUCUUUUAAAGAUGGCUGUAGUCCCACUCCCAUUCCAGCAGGUCAGCCACCCCCAGUUCCCAAUCUUCCAGAGACAACUUUACAGCCCUUCAGGAAAACUGCACAGCAACACACGCUUUGAUUCAGACAGCAGUGGACGGCCCACUACUUGGGAUUCAUUUGGCAUCUGGGAUGAUCGUAUUGAUGAGCCUAUUCACCUGCCUUCCAGUAUUCGCUACGGCACGCCCAUUCCCAAAGUCAACUUAAGCCGGGUAGGCUGUUCCUCGCUCAUCGGUCAACGUAAGGAGAAUGAAGACCGCUUCCAGGUCUCCCAAAUGACUGAAAGCAUCCUUUAUUUUGCUGUGUUUGAUGGGCACGGCGGGCCAGAAGCAGCUGACUUUUGUGAAAAAUACAUGGAGAAAUUCAUCAAGGACCUUGUGGCGAAGGAGUCCAAUCUGGAAGUAGUUUUAACGAAGACCUUCCUUGAAAUAGACAAAGCUCUUGCAAGGGACUUGCACUUCUUUCCGAAAGUACCCGGGAUGAAUCCAGGAACCACCGCCACUGUGGCGCUGCUGAGGGACGGCAUCGAGCUGGUGGUGGGCAGUGUGGGCGAUAGCCGCGCCAUGCUGUGCCGCAAGGGCAAGGCCCUAAAACUCACUGUCGACCACACCCCCGAUAGGAAGGACGAGAAAGAGAGGGUCAAGAAAAGUGGCGGUUUCAUCACCUGGAACAGUCUGGGGCAGCCAAACGUCAACGGCAGGUUGGCAAUGACGCGCAGCAUUGGAGACUUUGACCUGAAGAGCACAGGGGUCAUUGCUGAGCCCGAAACCAAGAGAGUGUCGUUGCACCACGCCCACGACUCGUUCCUGGCGCUGACCACCGACGGCGUUAACUUCAUCAUGAACAGUCAGGAGAUCUGCAAUGUCAUCAACCAGUGCCACGACCCCAAGGAGGCCGCUCAGAGAAUAUCUGACCAGUCUCUUCAGUACGGCUCAGAGGACAACAGCACAAUUAUCGUGGUGCCCUUUGGCGCUUGGGGGAAGCACAAGAGCUCGGACACGAGUUUCUCCUUCAGCAGAAGUGUCGUGUCCAGCGGCCGCUGGGCGUAGUCAUCAGGACGGUGGACGUAAAGGUCGUGGUCUGUGACCUCAUUACUUUGUGCAAUCCAAUCGAAAAACAGUGCCCUUGUGAAAGCAUGAAAGAGUGGUUUGCCCAAACAAUAAUACCUAAGUGUUACAAUAUGUUGUUAUUAGAAUGAUAUGUGUUAGUGGAUUCAUGAUGUGCACUAAAUUACAAAAUAUCCUCUUAGCCAAUCACCUUAUAGGUGCUAAAAAGACAGGUAGGGCUGGUCCGAACAGUUCGAAGCUUCAUUCAUAAUAUUAAAAUUCUAAAACAUCAAUUGCAUGCGGCACAGCUUUUUGUUUGUUUUAAUAGAAGUUAUCACAGGUAGAGGUGUGCCAGUGACAAAACAGUUUUUUCAUUUAAAUUAUUAAUAACAUGCAUGAAUAUUGCGUGCUGUAUUCUAUACUCAACCUUCUCUUCCUCUCUAUGUGGCUCUCUCUCUCUCUAGUGCACACACACAUGCUGCGAGGCUGUGGCACAUUUUCCAUUGUCAUGUAUUUAUGUUGAAGAAACUGACAAGUUACCUUCAUAAACAAAAGAAUAACAUGUAAAGAAUAACUUGAUAAAUCUGUGUUCAAAUUUAGGAUUUUAUUUUAUUUUUAAACGUUUGGUUAUGUCAUAAUAUGACAACAUUUGAAGCUUCAUACAAAAAAAGAUAUUCGGUACAGCCCGUCAGUCUGCCAUUCAGAUCAUUUAUUUUCUAUUUGACUACUGCCCAAAUUUUCAUGGUAAAUUAACUUUGAUAAGUUGCAAUUUCAAAAAGAGUGCGUCGAGAUUUUACCGUCGUUUAAAGCCUUCAGUCUUUAGGGCGACACACAGACGAGUGGGGAAAUCCAAUAAUUAAACCGCGUUGUAAAGGAAUGUAUGUUGCGUUUAAGGGCAUCUAUUGGCAGAAAUUAAUUGAUUAUUAUUGAUAUUAAUAAGCGCGUUUUCUUUAUACAGCGUGUAUAAUCCUUUAAAGCCAAGUGUCGUUGUGAAACCAAAUCAAACACUGGCUCCAACUCGGUCACCGUAGGCCGACACGGUUGGCAAACCGGAGAAGUUUCAGUUGACCGCUAGAAGUCGCCACUGCACCUUUUUUAAAGGUACAUGGAAACGUCACGAAUUCUGAAGGAACUAAGCACCGUAACAAAAAUAAGUCAGGUCACGGGUUGACGGACUCUGUGUCAAUUCAGUUUCCUUAUCGGUCAUUUGGGUCAAAGCACCGAAGUAUUCUCUUCUAAACACAUCUCCACGUCUAAAGACUUUCACGUAAACAAUGCACUUAUUGGUUUCUAGGUACUUCCACGCUAUUUAAGCACCAAAAGCGACGUUAAUGUCUAAUUGCACAGUCUUGAAGGUUUGGGAGAGAUCAACCCUGAAUGUUCUAUGAUUUAGUGAAUUAGCUUUUUAAAUGAACAGCGUUUGUGUGGCCGCUCCAAUAUGUUCAUGUUUCUUGCUGUACACGGUCGUAUGAGUGUUACUAUCUGUGCUGAUUUGAAACGGGUUCUGUAAGAGCACUAAGAAGUGUUCAGAGUAAAGAAAUGUACAGUGUAUGUUUUGUAAAUAAAUCUAUUUAUGUAUCUGGAAAACUGCUGGUUCUCGUUGCGGAACAACUCCUCUUCAGAAAGUCUCAUGUCACGAACACAGGACUUUACUUUACAGGUGUUUAUUUUGUGUAAACCUACAUCGUGUUGAUUGUAACUUGUUUACCAUCAGUAAUGACUUCUUUACAUCAUUAAUGUGUCACUCGGAGAGAUCGGAGCAAACGUAAUGCAACGCUAAAAAAGUGUUCAUCUCAGAGCCAUGUGUGACGAUGUGGGAGUUUGCUUCAUUGCCUCCAUGACUAAGAAAUAUCAAUCGGACCCUGCAGGGUAGAGAAGUAACUGCACCGUGUCAGUAGUCUUGGUGGACCUUGUGUGCGUAGAUACAGUGGCAGACUUAAACCGUCAGAUCGACUCGACUGCUUCUGUUGAUUUUUUGUUUCGUGGUUGUUCAAACUAGAGAAAUGCAACACUUCAUAUUCAUCAUUAUUGUUCAAUCUGUGAGGUUUUCCAAUGUUGUGUAUCAGUUCUAUCCUCAGACAACAUUUCUAGAUGUUUUGUAAAUACAGGUUUUUUCUUUUUCCCCCCGCAUAUUCACAUAUUGAAUGAAACCGUGAGAUUUGCUCACUGCCUUUUUUAAAUACAAUCAUUGUAACUGGACCUGCAUGGGACCUAAAUGUGACCCAACAACACUCGGUUAUUACUGUAUUUCUGGUCUGAAUGGCUGUUGUCCCUUCAAUAAAAUACAUAACCUCAAGAAUUA